UCCUGUCAAGCGGGCCUGCGACAGCUGCCAUCGAAGAAAAGUCAAAUGCAUACGUGAAGGCACCAACCCAUGCAAGCACUGUGUUCCCGCAGGCUUAGCAUGCAAAUAUAACACCAUCCCCCAGAACAAAGGUCCGAAGGGCAGCCGGGCGAAGGUCCUUCCUGAGCUCCGUGAGAAUCAACAAAAUGCACAGCUGGCUCAUGACGGACAGCUAUUGUCAUCACAGAACGUCCAGACUCCAAGCCUGGUACCACGUGCUCUUGUAGAGAGCUGCAUGGAGUUCUUCUUUGUCAAUGUCUACCCUUCACAGCCUGUACUACAUCGGCAACUGGCGCAAGAAGCCAUUGCCAACAUGGACCGCUCCAUCGAAGCCUACUGCAUGAUUGUAUCAUUGUGUGCAUACGUCAUGAUCCAAGCAAAUAUGAAGGUUCAACCUAGCCUUCUCGAUCGUCACGAGAUGGCCCAGAUGUCCAACUUCCAAUUCGGACAUAUCCUUCUCGAGGAAUCUGCUCGUGUACGGAGAGGAUACGAUUAUCGCGAGAACCCCACACCCUACACAGUCUUGACUUCCUACCUGUAUAGCAGGUGCUACUUCGGAUUGGCAAAAGAGAACACAGCAUGGACCUAGAUAACCGCUCUACUGCCUGUGUGCUGUAAUUCUGGGUUUGUGGAGAGCUCUUCGCUAUCUUAGCGUAUAUGAGUGUCUCCUAGUUUGUGCACGAAACAAAUCUCCUCUUCUAUCUUAAAUCUGCUGACACUUUGCACUCCCAGCUUACUUG